AUGGCCUCCUGGACACUUCCCUACCGGGUUGAGGCCGUCGACCGCGAACCGGGCUUCUACUGGCAGGAUCUCGACGAUGGCCCCAACGAUGGUUCCAGCGACUUCUUUGGUCAGUUUAUCAACUUCGACACCGACAUCCCCUCCUCCAUGGCCGAUCCUCACGGUCCCGAUCCUGCCGUGCCCACUUUGCCAGGCAGCAUCCUCGAUCAUCACGCCGAGUCCACCGCCUCAUCCGGCGUGUCAACAACCGAAGAUGAGUUCGACUUCUUCUCUUGUAGUUCCCAGGUCGACGCGACCAUGCCAUCUCAGCCCAGCUCAUCUACCGCGCCCACACUCUCUCAUGAGAUUGAUCCUCGGAGUCUCGCGCUUGCGAGCAGUGAUGACUUCACCACCGAUAAGCCUUCCCAGGUACCCCGGGUCUCCAUGUCCGACCCAGCGCUGCCUCGAGUGGAAGGUAUCUCACUACAGGGCUCGCCUGUGAAGCGAGAACCGGCCUCACAGCCCUCUUCGCCGACACCGCCCAACACCAACAUCAGGAAGCCCAACAAGUUUGUCGAAGCACUCUCAUCCACCAUCCGUAAGGCCGGCAAGCUUCGCAAGGCCAAGAAGCCCAUCAUCAUUGAUCGCUCAGCCUCUCCGACGAUGGACAAUCCACCCCGAGCCUUGAGGCUGCAGCAUCACGAAUAUGGCAACGGUAACGACGCGUUCCCACACUCUCCGACUGGGAGGCCGGACAACGCCCACUUCGUCCAUGGAAUCCUCGAUGAUCCUUUCAAUGAGAUACCCGCGCCGCCCCCGGCCGACUCACUCCGGUUCUUCGGCAGCAACGGACUCCACACACCGGUCGAGUCCCCAGGAGUGAAGCCAGAGCAUGGCAACUUUCCGCCCGAGAUGGCCGGACAAGCACACCAAGCGUCCUGGCAACACCAGCAACAGCCACAUCCCCACCCACACCCGCACCAACAGCCGCCUCAGGGGCACUCGCACCCUGUCGUCGUGGCGGGAUCCGCGCCAGAGUCAUGGGCAGCACACGAGUACAUGGCCCAGAACCCUCACCAGAGCGGCUGGUGGGACCUGAACCUGAUCAGCCAGAACGGCGAGUACGUUGUGGUUGAUCCGCAGCAGCAGAAGAACGCAAACCUCAACCUGGCCAUGCACGCCCAGCACGCCGAGCUGCCGUACGAGUACCAGGUCCACGACCCCAACGCCCCAGGGCUCAUGAUCCAUAUGCCACAGCCCCGAGCAGCUCCAGCUGCCGUCCACGACCUCACCCUCAACGCGCAGACCUACCUUCCUCCUCCACCUCCGAUCCCACCGACGAACGCGACCUCUGAGCGCCAUCGGCCACCGAGAGCCCCUUCGUCUGGUGCCCGACACCUCUCAUGCUCGCCGAUCCGCAAGACUCGUCAACCAUCCGCAUCUCCCACGCCAGCAACAGCGCACUCGCGCCACAGCUCAAACGGAUCCGCGACAUCAGCACGCAGCGCCUCAGGGCGAGGCAUCGUUCCCGGGACUCCGACGGCGAUGCGCAAGCAGCGACGAUCACGGGAGCCCAGCGGCGGCAGCGUAGGCGGGGGAGGUGAGAUUGGCUUCGUCAACUUCACGCCCAGCGACGGCAGCAUCCUCAUGACAGGCGUGGCUCCAAGCGGCAGCUCCAAGACCAAGGCGCGGCGAGAGCGCGAGGCCAUGGAGCGACGGCGACGGCUGAGCGAGGCGGCCAUGAAGGCGGUUCAAGCGGCGGGCGGCGAUGUCGACAAGUUGAUGGAGCAAGGCUUUGCCUUUUAG